AUGCUAGAACCUUCCACGUCAGAAACAUACGAUGGAAUCCCCCAGAUAGUAUAUAAAAAGUGUGCUUCAUCCUUAUGCCAGCCAUUAACGCAUAUUUUCAACAUUUCUAUGAUUCUUGGCGAGGUGCCGGAUCUUGUGGAAAGAAGCCUUGGCUGCAAACAUCUCCGAUUUUCGACCGAUAAGCAUUACGCCUGCCCCAGUAAGCUAAUGGAGAGACUAAUCAGAGACAAGAUACUGGGUUGGCUUGAGAAGUUCAACAUGAUUCCAAAAGAACAGCAUGGUUUCUUGAGUGGGGCCUCCACGGUAUCCAAUUUAUUAGAUAGCUUGUUUGACUGGCAAUCCGCUCUGAACAAUGGAAAAUCCGUAGACAUUGUCUUCGUUGACUUGUCAAAAGCAUUUGAUAGGGUCUGCCACCGUAGAUUGCUAGUCAAAUUGCAGCAUCUGGGGAUUUCUGGGCAGCUUCUAGAUUGCUGA